AUGAAAUACCUAAAUUAUGACUUCAUCUCCUCUGAUCAUUUAAGAUACCUUCAUACUUAUCGUUAUAAAGGAACAGAUCUAUCAUUGCUAUAUAAUUACAUACUUUCGCCGAUUGCUGAAUAUUGUUUAAAAUUCGUGCCUUUGAAUGUUGCGUACUAUUUUAAGCAAAUCAUACAUUUAGGCCCAAUGUGCUCACAUUACUGGGAUUGAUAUGCGUGAUAAUUCCACACAUUGUUUUCUAUUUUGUUAUGGGUGACACCUUCAAUGGAUUCAUCCCAAAUUGGUUGUUGUGGUUUACAGCCACUCUCCAUAUGCUUUAUAUGGUAAUAAUAAUCAGUAUCCCAGAAUUUUGAUAAUUUAGAUGGAAAGUAAGCUAGAAGAACAAGUAUGAUUGAAUAUAAAAAUUUUCAGGAAAUUCUUCACCACUAGGGAUGAUCUUAGACCAUAAUUUUGAUUCUAUGAUUAUUUUAUUAUAAGGUAAUAAGUAAAUCACUAUUUAGGUACAAAUCUAACUACUGCCAUGUAAGUGGGAAAUAAUAUUUUCUCAGUUGUUCUUUAUAUCAUUCCAUCCAUACCAUUUUAUUUAAUUGCUCAUGAAGAAUAUUAUACACAUGAAAUGAAUCUUCCAAUCAUUAAUGCUGCAGCAGAAGGCACCAUUAGUGUGGCCAUUUUCUUUGCUAUCACUGCUUAUUUUGGUAAUUUGUGAUUAUCCAUAAAUUAAUAGGAUGUGAUUGGUGGCUGCUUAAAUUACCUACUUUUUAUGACCUAUAAGUCAAUCACUUUGUUCUAGUUGCUUUUGCUUCAUCUGUCUUAAUCACUAUGCCUUCAGUGUAACAGCUUCUCCUAUUAUCAUUUUAGUAUAUUCAAAAUACGCAAAUUCACCACAACAUCAUCCUUAUUUAAAUAACUUCGAUACUUCCUAUUUUGCAAUGCUAUUAUACUGUAUAAUAUAUAUUUCUCUAAAACUAAUGUUAUUGAGCAGCAUGUAAGAGCUUAUAUGUACACAAUUGGUUUCACAAUGUCGAAAUCAGUGGGUAUUGUAGCUUUGAAUCAUGUAUGUAAUGCCCCCUUGCCAGCAUAUUUGAAUUCUAUUUAUUUCUUUAUUCUUCUCUUAAUAAAUACAAUUUCGGGAUAACUAUUAGGACAGCCAAUACUAAAUGAAGGAUUAUUAAUUUAAGUCAUUGCCUUAUCAAGCAUUUUGAUCCACAUCCAUUUUCUAUACAAUAUAGCAAGACAGAUAUCAAAUGAAUUAAACAUUAAAAUUUUUGAAAUCAACAAGCCUAUUAAAUGA